AGAUUUUAGAUAAAGUCAGGGAAUCAAUGAGUGGUACUUUGAAGAGGUGUCACCUUCUAACAAAUAAGGAUUUAUAUAAUAUAGAAAGAAGUUUUAACCUGAAUAAUGAAACCUGUAGACACAGUAAUGAUGCGAUAAGUCUAGAUCCCUGGAUGAAAGAAAUUGACAACACAGGAUGUGUUUUAUUCUACAAAGCUCAAGAAGAAUGUUGCAAUAAAUACCCUUUAUUAAAAAAAGAUGAUUUUGCAUUGAUAAUUAUGAAUCAAGGUCAGCUUGAAAUGUUAGAUAGAUAUGGUGAUGACUGUAUUUGUAUUGACGAAACUUUUGGCUUAAAUAUGUAUGGAUUUAACCUCACUACCAUAUUAAUAUUGGAUGAUAUGCGUGAAGGUUUUCCAUGUGCUUUUCUGAUUUCAAACCGAUCUGAUGAACACAUGAUGCAAAUAUUUUUUAAGUCUGUAAAAGAUCGUUUGGAAAGAUCUUUGAAACCAAAGGUCUUUAUGGCUCCAGUUUUCUAUAAUGCUUGGAUUAUGGUAAUGGAAAUGCCUCUCCACAGACUUUAUUGCGCUUGGCAUUUGGAUCGAGCUUGGCGUACCAACUUGAUAACAAUAAUUUCAAGAGAAAAGCAGGUGGCAGUAUAUAAAAAACUUCGGACAUUACUCCAGGAAACAGACAAGAAUGCAUUUUCCACAAUGAUUAGUGCCUUUCUAACGAAUUUGUCAGAAGAUCAAGAUACUACAGAUUUUGCUAAUUAUUUUGAAAAAUACUACACCCAAAAUAUUGCUUCAUGGGCCUACUGCUACCGAAUGGAUACUGGCAUUAACACAAAUAUGCAUAUAGAGAAUAUGCAUCGUAGUAUAAAGUAUAUUUACUUAAACGGAAAAAUAAAUAAGCGCCUUGACUAUGCUAUUUAUAUUUUAAUGAAGUUUGUCAGGGACAAGCUAUUUAAUCGUUUAAUUGUCUUAAAUAAGGGAAAAGUUUCCAGCAAAUUAAAAGAAUUAAGAAUUAGACAUAAAACCAGUGAAACCUUAAAUGUGUCUUCAGUAAUAGUAAAUAAAAAUGGCUGGGUUAUACCAUCAUCGUCCACAAAUGAUCUAUAUCAAAUUGAAGAACGGCAGAUAGAUUGUAACUGCAAAUUGGUGUGUAGUCAGUGUCAAAAUAAAUAUAUUCAUAGGUAUACCUGUUCUUGCUUGGAUUCUUCAAUCAAAUGGAACAUGUGCAAACACAUUUACACCUUCUAUGCAGGUUUUUAAAAUCUGUUAUCAGAAAAUGGGGCAGUAUUAUGGUAGGUAACUAUAUGUAUUAUCUGAAAAAUAAAACCUGAAAUUGAAAAUUUUAAAAGGCAAACCAAAUUGAAAAUUUUAAAAAUGACAAAGAGAAAUUAAAACUGGAAAUAUCAGAAACUAUUAACAGUCUUGAAAGUUAUGAAGAAUUGGAUAUAGCAAAACAAACAUUAGUUUCCCUUGUCAAAAUAAGAGCAUUCAGAGAUUUAAGGAAUAAACAAAAUAGCAAAAUAAAUAAAAAUGUCAUACCUUAUAAUAAGAAGAUUGCUCAACAACGACGAAUGUUUAAGAAGAAAAAGAAACAUGUAGGAGGCUCAAAAAAAUAUGGGAUAACGAAACCGGAUAGCGAAGAAGUCAAUAAAAUUUCACUAAAUAUGCUACUUGGAGAAUAAUUUAGCUGUUUAUUUUAAUAUGUUAUUAAAUCUAUAUAACAUAAAAUUUGAUUUUAUGUUAGAUAAAAGUAGUUUUAUUUUUAAUUUUUCUUUAAAAA